CAGCCCCUUCUCGCCCCGUUCUCUUCGCUGCUUGACCGUGGGAGCGAGGUUCUCUGUAGCGCUCAGUGAUUUGUUGCUGCCGAUUUUGGUUGCCGUGUCGUGCAUGGAUGGAGGCUCCGACUGAGAUCGUGAGGUGUCGAGAUUAACAGAAACUGAUAUUGAACAGUACAAGAUGCCUGUAAGCUUUAAAUAUUGGGAUGACUGCUUGGAUCCGGAUGAUAUUCGAUUAAUGUGGGCAGAUCCUCAUGUAAGCAAAGAGUGGAUUGACGCUGGGGAAGAACAGGGACAGAAAGUUCACCUAUCACGGGAUCCUGAUGGCGAGGCAUAUCUGACACAAACUGAAAUUAUGGCAGUUGCUGCAAUUACUGUUCAGAGGCAUUUCAAAUCACAGCUAGACCCGUAUAUGAUAGGUGCCCUUGCAGAACUUGCUAGUGGAAGGAGGCUCUUUGUGGAUAACUAUGAUCACAAGACCAAGGAGACUAAGAUGGGCAUAAUGCAGGUGACACCAGAAGUUGCUCAAUGGCUUGGCAGGGAACUGGGUUACAAGAAUUAUGACAUUGAACUUGAAGACAAUAUUGAUUUACUCUACUGGCCUUUUAUAAAUGUUUACUUUGGUGCUGCUUAUGCAAAGUGGCUCUUCUCAUGUGAUGAAAAAGAAAGAAGUGAAGAAUUUGUCGUUAGAGCUUACAAGGGAGGCAAAAAGAAAGCUACUCACAAGUCAUCUGCCCCCAUUUUCCAACGUUAUCUUUAUGUGAAAGAGACCUUGCUCUCUAUGAGACAACCAGACAGUUUCAAUGAGCUGGCUCCUGAUCUCCUAGAAAAUUCAUCAACUGCAGGAACACAGCUGGUAUAUUGGGAUUCCAAAGUGUCAGUACAAGAUAUGGAUGGAAUGUGGAGUCAGCCUGACGUGUCGAAGGAGUGGACAAAUUCUGGGGAGCGGCGUGGUAAUGUCAGAUUUUCGCAUGAUGCCAAGAAGAGACCAUAUCUUUCUCGAGUUGAGGUUAAGGCUGUUGCUGAAAUAAUCAUAUCUCGCCAUUUCAGCUCAAGAGGAGUAAAGCCGAAAGCCCUAGCUGCUCUCGCAGAGGUGUGCAGUAUGCGCUUUGUCCAUGGAGUACGUUCUCGGACAGGAUUGAUGGGAAUAGAUUACCCUACUGCCGCAUGGCUUUACAGAGAUUGUGGCUAUACGGCAUACACAGUCAGCUCGGUGGAUGAUCUCUACAAUCCAUUUGCAUCAAUGUACUUCGGAGCAGCUUACUUGGGAUGGUUGUCGCGAUAUGAGGGAAGGGAGAGGAGCCAUGAAUUCAUUGUUCAAGCUUAUCUUGGGGGACCAGACAAAGUUAACCUUCAGGAGACUGGACCUUACUGGAAGAAAUUUCUGGAGGCUUUAAGACACUAUGAAGAUCCGAAGAAGGACCAGACGAGCUGCUGUAUUUUGUAAAAUCGUGAUGUGUUCAUAUGAUUUUGUUUACUGAAGACCGCAGGCUGUAACUAGCAAAGCUUCGUUUUCACCGUCUUGUAACUGAAGAUUUCCUCCCCGAGGACUCGACACUGAUGAGCGAUGCACUUGCAUCGACUACACAGGGGAUACCCACCCGGCCACCCGCGUAGAUCUUGUAAUCUUUGCUCUGGUCAUGUGUCAAGUUUGAUUGAUAGAGCCAUGCCCGCCCUGCUUCUGCUCAUAUCCGUUUUGCUUCCAUUGUGAAGUGCACUUUUGCUGUACAGAAAAUUAUUACUUUUUCUCCCAAAUUGUGAAGUGCACUUUUGUUAUCAUGUUAGGGCUUUCCGAUUUCCAAAGCGGAAUUGACAGUAUCAACUUGAACCAUCGUAA